ACAGCGACUCUCAAACCCCAACACCAACACCCCCCUUCGCUUUGGGGCUUCGCUUCUCCCUCUCUCUCUCUCUCUCUCUCUCUCAAAGCUCUCUCCUUUUCUUCUUCUCGGAUGUGUAUUCAUCAAUCGUCCUUCUCUCUUCUCUCUCAGUAGUGGGAAAGUUGACAAUUUGGAGGCGAGAUGACAUCCAUAAGAUCGAGCUUGCCGUCGCGGCUGCGGCAACUUUUGUCCGGCGAGGGCUCCCUCGUUCCGUCCGUCAAACUUGACUCCGAGACCCCUCCCAAAAUCAAAGCGUUUAUCGAUAAGGUGAUCCAGUGUCCAUUACAAGAUAUAGCUAUACCUCUUUCAGGUUUUCGGUGGGAGUACAGUAAGGGGAACUUUCACCAUUGGAGGCCGCUGUUUCUGCAUUUUGAUACAUAUUUCAAGACAUACCUUUCUUCUAGGAAUGAUCUCCUCUUGUCAGAUAAAAUUUUAGAAGAUGAUAGUCCAUUUCCAAAGCAUGCAAUUCUACAAAUUUUACGAGUAAUGCAAACAAUUUUAGAGAAUUGCCAUAACAAGAGUUCAUUUGAUGGCUUAGAGAAUUUCAAGCUCCUGCUUGCAUCAACAGAUCCAGAGAUUCUUAUAGCUACGCUAGAAACUCUUUCUGCACUUGUGAAAAUAAACCCAUCCAAGCUGCAUGGAGGUGGGAAAUUAAUUGGUUGUGGCUUAGUAAAUAGCUAUCUAUUGUGUCUAGCACAGGGGUGGGGAAGCAAGGAGGAGGGCUUGGGUUUGUAUUCAUGUGUAAUGGCAAAUGAGAGAACCCAAGACGAAGGGCUUUGUUUGUUCCCAUCUGAUGUUGAAAAUGACUGUGAGAAGUCUCAUUGCCGAAUAGGCUCUACCCUUUAUUUUGAAAUGCACGGUGUUAAUGCCCAGAGCAGUGAGGCAAACAGAGGCAAUCAAAAUGCUUCUAGUUUGGCAGUUAUACAGAUACCGGAUCUGCAUUUACAGAAGGAGGAUGAUCUGUUACUUUUGAAACAAUGCAUUGAGCAGUACAAUGUACCUCCUGCGCUCCGGUUUUCUUUGCUGACCAGAAUUAGAUAUGCUCAUGCUUUCCGUUCUCCCAGAAUAUGCAGGCUUUACAGCAGGAUCUGCCUUCUUGCAUUCAUUGUACUUGUUCAGUCUAAUGAUGCUCAUGAUGAACUUGUGUCAUUUUUUGCUAAUGAGCCAGAGUAUACAAAUGAGUUAAUCAGGAUUGUGCGGUCUGAAGAAGCUGUCUCUGGAACCAUUAGGACGCUUGCAAUGUUUGCCUUGGGGGCUCAGUUAGCUGCAUAUACAUCAUCUCAUGAGCGGGCACGGAUUUUGAGUGGAUCUAGUAUCAGUUUUGCUGGGGGGAACCGCAUGAUACUCCUGAAUGUGCUUCAGAAGGCUGUUUUGUUGCUGAAGACAUCUAAUGAUCCAUCGUCUCUUGCCUUUGUCGAAGCACUUCUUCAGUUCUAUUUGCUCCAUGUUGUUUCAUCCUCAAGUUCAGGGAGUAAUAUUAGGGGGUCAGGCAUGGUUCCUACGUUCUUACCUCUUUUGGAGGAUUCUGAUCCUACACACAUGCAUCUUGUCUGUUAUGCUGUUAAAACUCUGCAAAAGCUCAUGGAUUACAGCAGUUCAGCUGUUUCCUUGUUUAAAGAGUUGGGGGGAGUCGAGCUUUUGGCUCAGAGACUGCAGGUAGAAGUCCAUCGGGUUAUUGGUUCAGCUGGGACUAUUGAUAGUUCAAUGAUAGUUGGUGAGAGCUCAAGACACAGUGAUGAUCAGUUGUACUCCCAGAAGAGGCUCAUUAAGGUUUCACUGAAGGCACUUGGCUCUGCUACCUAUGCCCCUAGUAACUCUACUAGAUCCCAGCACUCCCAUGAAAGUUCUUUACCUGCUACUUUGUCGCUGAUAUUUGGCAAUGUGGAUAAAUUUGGAGGUGACAUUUAUUACUCAGCUGUGACUGUUAUGAGUGAGAUAAUCCACAAAGACCCAACUUGUUUUCCUUUUUUGCAAGAAAUGGGUCUUCCAGCUGCAUUUUUAUCAUCGGUAGUAUCUGGUAUACUUCCUUCGUCAAAGGCUCUUACAUGUGUUCCUAAUGGUCUUGGUGCCAUUUGUCUCAAUGCCAAAGGCUUAGAGGCAGUGAAAGAAACUUCGGCGUUACAGUUCCUUGUUGACAUUUUCACCAGUAAGAAAUAUGUUACAGCGAUGAAUGAUGCUAUUGUUCCACUGGCAAAUGCAGUGGAAGAGCUUUUGCGCCAUGUAUCUUCUCUGAGAAGCACUGGUGUUGAUAUUAUUAUAGAAAUUAUUAAUAAAAUUGCUUCUUUCGGGGACAGUAACUGCGCAGGGUCAUCAGGGAAAUUAAAUGGGAGCACUGCAAUGGAAAUGGAUUCUGAAGACAAAGGAAAUGAAGGCCAUUGUGUUCUGGUUGCUGCAGUUGAUUCGGCUGCAGAAGGGAUCAAUGAUGAGCAAUUCAUCCAAUUUUGCAUCUUUCAUUUGAUGGUAUUGGUUCACAGGACAAUGGAAAACUCCGAAACAUGUCGGUUAUUUGUGGAGAAGUCCGGAAUUGAAGCUUUACUGAAGCUUCUUUUACGGCCUAGCAUUGCACAGUCAUUUGAUGGGAUGUCUAUUGCUUUGCAUAGCACUAUGGUUUUCAAAGGUUUUACGCAAAAUCACUCUGCUCCCCUGGCACGUGCUUUCUGUUCCUCUCUCAGAGACCAUCUGAAAAAAGCUUUGAGUGGAUUUGGAUUGGUUUCAGAGUCCUUUUUACUGGAUCCAAAGAUGACACAGGAGGGUGGAAUCUUUUCUUCACUUUUCCUCGUUGAGUUCCUUCUGUUUCUUGCUGCCUCAAAAGACAACCGGUGGGCAAGUGCGUUGCUGUCAGAAUUUGGAAAUGGUAGCAAGGAUGUUCUGGAGGAUAUUGGGCGUGUCCAUCGAGAAGUUCUGUGGCAGAUUUCUCUUCUUGAAGAUGCCAAGCCUGAGGUUGAGGAAGGUGGUAUUGUUUCAAGCUCAGAGUCACAACAGUCAGAGUUGAGAACCAAUGAAACUGAAGAGCAAAGAUUCAACUCUUUCAGGCAGUUUCUUGAUCCUUUACUGAGGAGGAGGACUUCAGGAUGGAGUAUUGAAUCUCAUUUUUUUGACCUUUUAAACAUAUACCGUGAUCUUGGUCGUGCCAGCAAUUCUCAACAAAGACGUACUGAUAGUCCUUCAAACUUGCGGUUUGGAGUCAGUAAUCAAUUCCAUCAUUCUGGUUCUUCAGAUGCUGCCGGGGAUGUUGGUAGAAAGGGCCUUGAUAAGCAGAGAUCUUAUUAUACUUCUUGCUGCGACAUGGUGAGGUCACUUUCUUUUCAUAUUACGCAUUUGUUUCAAGAGUUGGGGAAGGUAAUGCUGCUUCCUUCUCGUCGACGGGAUGAUAUUUUGAAUGUUUCCCCUGCUUCAAAAUCAGUGGCUUCUACUUUUGCAUCUAUUGCUCUGGAUCACAUGAAUUUUGGGGGUCCUGUUAAUCCUUCUGGAAAUGAGGCAUCCAUAUCAACGAAGUGUCGGUAUUUUGGUAAGGUUAUUGAUUUUGUUGAUGGCUUUCUACUGGACAGACCGGAUUCCUGUAAUCCUGUUCUGCUGAAUUGCUUGUACGGACAUGGAGUUAUUCAAUCAGUUUUGACAACAUUUGAAGCCACCAGCCAAUUGCUGUUUGCUGUUAACAGGGCUCCUGCAUCUCCCAUGGAAACUGAUGAUGGGAUCUUAAAGCAGGAUGAAAAUGAAGAUAAUGAUCAUUCAUGGAUUUAUGGUCCUCUAUCUAGCUAUGGGAAGCUUAUGGACCACCUGGUGACCUCAUCUUUUAUAUUAUCUCCUUUUACAAAACACUUGCUUGCCCAACCUCUGUCAAAUGGUAAUGUUCCCUUUCCACGGGAUGCUGAGACUUUUGUGAAGGUUCUUCAGUCCAUGGUGCUGAAGGCAGUGCUUCCUGUUUGGACUCACCCCCAGUUUGUUGAUUGCAGUUAUGAUUUCAUUACUUCAGUUAUUUCUAUCAUAAGGCACGUCUAUUCUGGUAUUGAAGUGAAAAAUGUCAAUAGCAACACUGGUGCUCGUGUGACCGGCCCCCCUCCUAAUGAAGCUACUAUUUCAACAAUUGUAGAGAUGGGGUUUUCCAGGUCUCGUGCAGAAGAAGCUCUGAGGCAAGUUGGAUCAAGUGGUGUGGAAUUGGCAAAUAUUGUGGAAUUGGCAAUGGAGUGGUUGUUCUCCCAUCCAGAGGAUGCUCAAGAAGACGACGAACUUGCUCGUGCACUUGCCAUGUCCCUUGGGAAUGCUGAAUCAGACACAAAGGAAGCGAUUGCAAGUGAUAAUACUCAACAGCUUGAAGAAGAGAUGGUCCAACUUCCUCCUAUUGAGGAGUUGUUAUCUACGUGUACGAGGCUUUUGCAGAUGAAGGAAUCUCUUGCUUUUCCUGUCCGAGACCUGCUUGUGAUGAUAUGCUCUCAAAAUGAAGGACAAUAUAGGUCUAAUGUCAUCUCCUUUCUUGUUGAUCGACUGAAGGAUUGUAAUUCAAUUUCUGAAAGUGGAAAUGGUGCCACGCUAUCUGCUCUUUUCCAUGUUCUUGCUCUAAUUCUUCACGAAGAUGAAGGGUCGCGAGAAAUUGCCACUAAGAAUGGUCUGGUUGCAGUUGCCUCAGAUCUACUUUUGCAAUGGUGUUCUGGACCGGUUCCAGAGAAAUGCCAGGUUCCUAUGUGGGUAACAACUGCUUUUCUUGCUAUCGACCGGCUUUUGCAAGUGGAUCGAAAAUUGAAUUCUGAAAUUGUAGAGCAGUUGAAGCAGGAUGAUGUUAACAGCCAGCAGACAUCUAUCAGCAUUGAUGAGGACAAGCAAACCAGGCUGCAGUCCGCAUUGGGAUUAGUUCCAAAGCAUACGGAUAUAAAUGAGCAGAAGAGACUUAUUGAGAUUGCUUGUAGCUGUAUCAGGAACCAGCUUCCCUCUGAGACGAUGCAUGCUGUUCUCCAACUAUGCUCCACCCUCACCAGGAUUCAUUCCGUUGCUGUUAGUUUUCUUGAUGCUGGGGGAUUAAGUUUACUGCUUUCUUUGCCAACAACUAGCCUAUUUCCUGGGUAUGAUAACCUGGCUGCUAAUAUUAUUCGUCAUGUUCUUGAAGAUCCCCAAACUCUCCAGCAAGCAAUGGAGUCUGAGAUAAGGCACAGUUUUUUGGCUGCCACCAAUAGACAUUCAAAUGGAAGGGUCUCUCCCCGAACCUUCCUUUCGAAUUUAAAUUCUGUUAUUUCACGGGAUCCAGUGGUCUUUAUGCAGGCUGCUCAGUCUUUGUGCCAAGUUGAGAUUGCAGGUGAAAGGACCUUUAUUGUCUUGCUGAAAGAUCGUGACAAAGAUAAGUGCAAAGAGAAAGAGAAAGAGAAGGAGAAAUCGUUGGAAAAAGAAAAAGCACAAACUACUGAUGGGAAAGUUGCUUUGGGUAAUUUGAAUUUGGUUGCUUCUGGGAAUGGGCAUGGAAAAUCCCACGAUUUAAAUUCAAAGGGUUUCAAAGUCCAUCGAAAAUCUCCUCAGAGCUUUAUAAAUGUGAUUGAGCUUCUGUUGGAUUCUGUUUGUACUUUUAUUCCUCCCUUGAAAGAUGAUGGGGUUACAGAUGUCCUUGAUACUCCGUCAUCAAAUGACAUGGACAUUGAUGUCGCUGCGAUUAAGGGGAAAGGAAAAGCUGUUGCCACUAUUUCUGAAGAGAAUGAAGCCAUUGGUGAUGAAGCUUCUGCAUCACUUGCAAAGAUUGUAUUUAUUUUGAAGCUUUUGACAGAGAUUCUCUUGAUGUAUGCUUCAUCAGUUCACAUUCUGCUUCGGAAGGAUGCUGAAGUUAGUAGUUGCAGGGGUGCUCAAGAAAAGGGUCCUGCUGGUGUAUACCCUGGUGGAAUAUUUCAUCACAUUCUUCACAAGUUUCUUUUAUAUUCUAGGAGUUUAAAAAAGGACAAGAAAAUAGAUACUGACUGGAGGCAUAAAUUAGCAACCAGGGCUAGCCAGUUUUUGGUGGCAUCUUGUGUCCGCUCCACAGAGGCAAGGAGGAGGGUUUUAACAGAGAUCAAUAAUAUCUUUAAUGACUUCUUUGAUUCAUGUAAUGGUUUUAGCCCACCAGGAAACAAUAUACCAGCUUUUGUUGAUCUGCUUAAUGAUGUGCUGGGUGGUCGUACACCUACUGGUUCAUACAUCUUAGCAGAAGCUUCUGCCACUUUUAUAGAUGUUGGUCUGGUUAGGUCAUUGACUCGAACUCUCCAAGUGUUGGACCUGGACCAUGCUGACUCACCUAAAGUUGUUACAGGUGUAAUUAAAGCUCUGGAGUUGGUAACCAAGGAGCAUAUCCAUUCUGCUGAUUCUAAUGUAGGGAAGGGUGACAAUUCAACAAAACCUCCUGAUCUUACUCAAACUUUAAGAAGGGAUAAUACAGGUGACAUAUCUCAGACCGUGGAAACAGCAUCUCAAUUCAAUCAUGAUUCUGUGCCAGCUGACAACGUUGAGUCUUAUAAUCCUGUCCAAACUUAUGGUGGCUCUGAGGCUGUUACAGACGACAUGGAACACGACCAAGAUCUUGAUGGAGGUUUUGGUCCUGCUGCUGGUGAUGACUAUAUGCAUGAAACUUCUGAUGAUGCGAGGGGUGUUGAAAAUGGCAUUGAGACAGUGGGAAUACAAUUUGAAAUCCAGCGCCAUGGGCAAGAAAAUCUUGAUGAAGAUGAUGAUGAGGAGAUGUCUGGGGAUGAUGGGGAUGAAGUAGAUGAAGAUGAGGAUGAGGAUGAUGAGGAGCAUAAUGAUCUGGAAGAAGAUGAAGUCCACCAUCUGCCCCAUCCUGAUACAGAUCAAGAUGAUCAUGAGAUCGAUGAUGAUGAUUUUGAUGAAGAAAUAAUGGAGGAAGAAGAAGAGGAUGAUGAAGAUGAUGAAGAUGGAGUAAUACUGAGGCUGGAGGAGGGCAUAAAUGGAAUAAAUGUUUUAGAUCAUAUUGAGGUUUUUGGUAGAGAAAAUAGUUUUUCUAAUGAAACUCUCCAUGUGAUGCCAGUUGAAGUUUUUGGUUCUAGGCGUGAAGGGCGUACUACAUCCAUCUACAGUCUCUUGGGUAGAACUGGGGAUAAUGUUACUCCAUCUAGGCAUCCUCUUCUACUGGGACCUUCAUCCUCAAUGCACUCUGCUUCUCCUCGGCAAUCUGAGAAUGCCCGUGACACCGUCUUUCCAGAUAGGAACUUGGAGAGCACCUCAUCACGGUUGGAUUCUAUUUUCCGAUCCCUGAGGAAUGGACGCCAUGGACACCGCUUGAACUUGUGGCUAGAUGAUAACCAGCAAAGUGGUGGAUCAAAUGCAAGUGUAGUGUUACAUGGCCUCGAAGAGCUGCUUGUUUCCCAAUUGAGGCGACCGACUAGUGAGCAGCCUUCUGAUCAGAACACAGCAGUACAGGAGCCUCAAAGCACAGGUGAAGCCAGUCAGUUACCGGAAUCAGAAGCAGGUGUGAGGCCCAUUGCUCUUGAAAACAAUGAAAGUAGUAAUGUGCCACCUCUGACUGUGGCAAUCAAUAGCUCUAUUAAUGCAAGGCCUGCUGCAAGUGAAUCCCUACAAGGAACAGAUGCAUCCAGUACACAAUCACAAUCUGUUGAAAUGCAGUUCGAACACAAUGAUGCAGCUGUACGGGAUGUUGAAGCUGUUAGCCAAGCAAGCAGUGGAAGUGGGGCGACCUUAGGUGAGAGCCUGCGAAGCCUAGAUGUUGAAAUUGGAAGUGCUGAUGGCCAUGAUGAUGGUGGAGAGAGGCAAGCUUCUACAGAUAGAACGCCAUUGGGUGACCCACAGGCUGCUCGUGCAAGAAGGACAAAUGUGUCUUUUGGGAAUUCUACCCCUGUUGGUGGGAGAGACGCAUCCCUUCAUAGUUUAACUGAAGUGCCAGAAGGUUCUAGUCGGGAAGCAGAUCAGGAUGGUCCAGCUGCAGAGCAGCAAAUCAACAGUGAUGCCAGUGCUGGAGCAAUAGAUCCUGCAUUCUUGGAUGCUCUUCCGGAGGAGCUGCGUGCUGAAGUUCUUUCUGCUCAACAGGGUCAAGUGGCUCAGCCCUCAAAUGCUGAACCGCAAAAUGCUGGAGAUAUUGAUCCAGAAUUCCUUGCAGCCCUUCCCCCCGACAUCCGAGCAGAAGUUCUAGCACAGCAGCAAGCACAAAGGCUACAUCAAUCUCAGGAACUGGAAGGUCAGCCUGUUGAAAUGGAUACAGUCUCGAUAAUUGCAACAUUUCCUUCAGAUUUGCGAGAAGAGGUUCUCUUAACUUCAUCUGAUGCUAUCCUUGCGAAUCUCACACCUGCUCUUGUUGCGGAGGCAAACAUGUUGCGCGAAAGGUUUGCACACCGUUAUAGUCGCACCCUCUUUGGUAUGUACUCUAGGAAUCGUAGAGGUGAACCUUCAAGAAGAGGUGACGGUAUAGGAUCUAGCCUGGAGAGAGCUGGAGGAAGCAUUGCCCGUAGGUCAAUUGGAGCUAAGCUAGUUGAAGCUGAUGGAGCUCCUUUAGUUGACACAGAUGCCCUGCAUGCCAUGAUUAGGUUGCUUCGUGUAGUUCAGCCACUAUACAAAGGUCAGCUGCAGAGGCUUCUUCUCAAUUUAUGUGCUCAUCAGGAAACCAGAACUUCUUUGGUGAAGAUUCUCAUGGACAUGUUAAUGCUUGAUAGAAGAAAGCAUAUCAACAACUUGAUUGCUGCUGAGCCUUCUUAUCGGCUUUAUGCUUGCCAGAGUAAUGUGAUGUAUUCACGUCCUCAGUCUUUUGAUGGUGUUCCUCCCUUGGUGUCUCGGCGCAUUCUUGAAACUCUUACUUAUUUGUCUCGAAAUCACCCAUCUGUGGCGAAGAUUUUGCUUCAGUUUAGGCUCCCCCACCCAGCUUUACUAGAGACAGAGAAUACUGAUCAGGCACGGGGUAAAGCUGUGAUGGUUGUUGAAGAGGAUGAAAUGGAUAGGAGUGAACGACAGGAAGGAUACAUAUCCAUUGCAUUGCUUUUGGGCCUCUUGAAUCAACCCCUUUAUCUGAGGAGUAUAGCCCAUCUUGAACAGCUUCUUAACUUACUGGAGGUCAUCAUUGAUAAUGCUGAAAGUAAGUCAGAUUUAUCUGACAAAUCUGGGGAAUCUGCCUCUGAACAUACAUCUGGUCCAGAAAUUUUGGCAUUGGAUGUUGGGAUGAAUAGAGAAUCUGGUCAAAUUUCUUCCGGGGUUGCUGCAACGGCAAAGGAUGUUGAUUCCUCCAAACCCACCACUUCCGGCGCGCACAAGGAAUUUGAUACCCGAAUUGUACUGCUUAACCUGCCGCAAGCAGAACUUCGACUUCUAUGCUCAUUGCUUGCACGGGAGGGACUGUCAGAUAAUGCAUAUGCUCUAGUGUCGGAGGUAAUGAAGAAAUUGGUGGCUAAUGCUCCAAUUCACUGUCAUCUGUUCGUUACUGAGCUAGCUGGAGCCAUUCAAAAUUUGACUACAUCUGCUGUGGAUGAGUUACGCAUGUUUGGUGAAGCUGUGGAAGCACUUCUCAGUACAACAUCUUCUGAUGGAGCUGCAAUCUUAAGGGUUCUGCAGGCGUUAAGCUCUCUAGUUAACAUGCUGAGUGAGAAAGAGAAUGUUCUGCAAAUUCCUCCUGAAAAGGAGUAUACAGCUGCUCUUUCUCAGAUGCGGGACAUAAAUGCAGCUUUGGAGCCUUUGUGGCUGGAUCUGAGCACUUGCAUAAGCAAAAUAGAGACUUACUCAGACUCAGCCCCUGAUUUGCUGAGUUCAUCUAAAACAUCCACCUCGAAACCCUCUGGUGUAAUGGCUCCACUCCCUGCGGGCUCUCAGAACAUCUUACCAUACAUAGAAUCUUUCUUUGUGGUGUGUGAGAAAUUGCAUCCCACGCAGCCAGGGUCUAGUCAUGAUUUUAGUGUUGCUGCAGUUUCAGAGGUUGAAGAUCCCAGCCUUGUUGGACAGCACAAAACCUCAGUGCAUGCUCUGAAAGCUGACGAAAAACACGCUGCUUUUGUGAAGUUCUCAGAGAAGCAUAGGAAGCUGCUAAAUGCGUUCAUCCGGCAAAAUCCUGGAUUGCUUGAGAAGUCCUUCUCCCUCAUGCUGAAGGUUCCUAGAUUUAUAGAUUUUGACAAUAAGCGUGCUCACUUCAGAUCAAAGAUAAAGCAUCAACAUGAUCACCAUCACAGUCCUUUAAGAAUUUCUGUAAGGAGAGCCUACAUUCUUGAAGAUUCAUAUAACCAGCUGCGAAUGAGAUCCACUCAAGAAUUGAAGGGGAGGUUGACGGUUCACUUUCAAGGAGAGGAAGGUAUUGAUGCAGGUGGACUUACGAGGGAGUGGUAUCAAUUACUGUCCAGGGUUAUUUUUGACAAAGGAGCACUGCUUUUUACGACAGUGGGCAAUGAAUCAACAUUUCAGCCAAACCCUAACUCUGCUUAUCAAACAGAACAUCUAUCAUAUUUUAAAUUUGUUGGGCGAGUGGUUGGGAAAGCACUUCUUGAUGGGCAACUCUUGGAUGUCCAUUUCACUCGAUCCUUUUACAAGCAUAUAUUGGGGGUAAAAGUUACUUAUCAUGACAUUGAAGCCAUUGAUCCCGAUUACUAUAAAAACCUUAAGUGGAUGCUUGAGAAUGAUAUAAGUGAUGUUCUGCAUCUUACAUUUAGCAUUGAUGCUGAUGAGGAGAAGCUGAUAUUGUAUGAAAGGACAGAAGUGACUGACUAUGAACUCAUUCCUGGUGGACGGAAUAUUAAAGUUACGGAGGAGAAUAAACACCAAUAUGUUGAUUUAGUUGCUGAACAUCGGUUAACGACUGCUAUUCGUCCUCAAAUAAAUGCAUUUUUGGAAGGAUUCAAUGAAUUAAUUGCUAGGGAAUUAAUUUCUAUCUUCAAUGACAAGGAACUUGAAUUACUGAUUAGUGGGCUUCCUGAUAUUGAUUUGGAUGAUAUGAGGGCAAAUACCGAGUAUUCUGGAUACAGUCCUGCAUCUCCUGUUAUUCAGUGGUAUUGGGAAGUUGUUCAGGGUUUCAGCAAGGAGGAUAAGGCUCGGCUUUUGCAGUUUGUGACUGGCACCUCUAAGGUGCCUUUAGAAGGCUUCAGCGCACUUCAAGGAAUUUCUGGCUCGCAGAAGUUUCAGAUACACAAGGCCUACGGCAGCCCUGAGCACUUGCCUUCUGCUCAUACUUGUUUCAACCAGUUGGAUCUACCGGAGUAUCCUUCUAAACAACACUUGGAGGAGCGGCUACUGCUUGCAAUUCAUGAAGGCAAUGAAGGGUUUGGAUUUGGGUGAGAAUCUUAAUGCGAGGGAUCGAAGUAGUCCUGUAGAUAAUAUAGAUUUAUGUCAAAAGCAAUCAUGAAAGGGUUUCAGGUGUUAAUUUGUGGCACAUGAGAUGUUGAGUUAUUACAGGUUGAUAUAUUGUAUAGUCGUACAUUUGCUAUGUGAAAUGCCUCUGGCAGUUUUUGAUUUUGCCAUCA